GUCUUUCUCUCUCUCCCUUCUCCUCUCUCCCUCUCUCUUUCACUCUCUCCCUCCGUCUCUCUCUUUUGCAGACUCUGAAUGCGCAUCUUCUCCUUCUUCCUCUCCGUUUUGGACCCCUCUCCAGCUCCUCGGUGGGUGAGAGAACCGUGGGAAUUUUCUCAAACUUGGAGGAAAAAAAAAACCUUGUUUGCAGCUGUUGGAUCUCAUCAGGCGUGAAGGAGCAGCAGAGCUAUUUGAAUAAGGUACAGAAAAGUGCAGUUAGUAUCAUAAUGUGAUGAAUGUCUCUGUCUUCCAUCAGAAAAGAUGACUGUGCUGUAAGGUGUGUCCGCUGAUCUCUGAGGAUUUGUGCGUAAAAAUUGAUUCCUUUGCGCAUUUUCCCCCUUUUUGCGCAUGACAGUCAAAGUGUUUGUAUCCAUGACAUUUCCAUCAUCUUUUGAGUCUUUUUUAAUAGAUUUUUAAUGCUUAUGAACUAUUAAUCUUUUUGAUACAUUAUCUAUGGGGGUUUCUUUGACUUUUGAUUGCUAUAACAACAGAGAAUAGUGGCGCAUAUCCAGAGAAGAUUCAACAAAAAUAAACACUGAUAUUUAUUCGUGGGGGAGUUUUGUGACGCAGCAUCUGGUCUCCAUCCACAGUCAGACAUGUGAACAGGGAGGUCUCUGUCAUUCUUAUGUGUGGCAGGUUGUGUCGCAGGGACGAAAGGGGAUUUUUAAGCACAGCUCGGCCUUGGUUCGCUCUGCUCUGAAGACUCAAGGGCAUUUGUGCAAUUCUCCAGAUAUCUCAGGCCCCCAUUUUGUUUGCAUGACAUCAUUACCUGCUUCUUUUGUGUGGGAAGAUUAUCUGUUGUCUAGAUGACAUGUAAACAAAGCUGACAGGGACUAGAUCAAAAUUUAAAGACAUGAUUUCAGCCAAUCCUCAUGGACAUCUUUAUAUAAAAUAGUUUUAGAUGACAUUGUGGACUGUCUGUCUGCUUGGAUGUAUUCUGCUUUUAGAGAUAGUUUUAAGGUGGGAUCAGCUGCACUGUUAGUGUUUUCAUAAAUCAGUGACUCGUCGGUGAUGUCAAAAGACAGCAGAAAUAACCACAGAGAGAUUUUAACCAUCUUUUACCUCAUAGAAAUCUCGUUUGUCCGAUAAACUUCACUUUUCCAUCACAGGACAAUGAAAAACAGUGAACCUCACCCCACCCUGAAGGACGAGACUAAAGCUAGUUUAUUGAUCAGUAUGUUAGAAAUGAAUCAUUUUUGAUUCACCACCUAAAAAUCUAAAGGCUCUGAAUUAUAUGAAGUUAAUGUUCGACCAGGACAUGCCUCCUUUUCAAAUACAAAUUAUAUUGUGCUUUAAAAUAACUCACUCUUAUUCAUGAGGGAAAAUAAACUAUUUGUAAAGUAUUUAUUCUUCAUCUUAAAAUACUAUUUUAGAUCUACUAAUACUUCAAAAAUGCAGAAUGUAAAGUAAUGAUCUGGAUCAGCCAAAAGUGUUUUGUAGGAUUUUGAAAAUGUUUGGUUGGAUUAAUUUUUUAUCACAGUCUGUAUUUACUUUUUUGGUGAAAUAAUCAAGAAGGACAUUUUGGGUGAUGAAAAAUGAAGUCAAUGCAGAAGUCCAAAAAUCCUCGUGUCCACUCCAGGCUCAUGCAAAACCCAAGAAAACCCCAUUAGAGUCCUAAAAAACACCUGUUUUGAAGGCAAAACUUAGAAUGUUAGCAGCCUCAGUCAAAAAAAUAGAGUUUUGGUCUUUACAGCUCGAUUGUUUUUUCAUGCAAACAUAAUAUUACACAGGGUGGUUUAUUAAAAAAAGAACAGUUUGUCAACAUAAUGACUUAAAUGAAGAAUUUUGUACAGAUCUGCAUAAUUCGGGGUGUAGCUCAGCUGACUGCUUAUUUUCCAGGAGGCUUCAGGCCUGUUGCCACAUUAACAUGAGCCUCAUAUGGUCCUAAUAUUGAGUUAAAGACAUUUUUUCAACUUUUGGUAUGAUCAGAUAUUUUCAAUUAACUAAACUUUUUAAUCAAGUUUAUACUGAAAUACUGCUUUGGCUGAUCUAACUGACUUGUUAAGGGUUAUAAUCAGUCUUUGGUUGAACUGUUUGUGACAUAAAACCCAAAUAACUUUAGGAUAAAGCUGAGCUGAAGGGAACCACUGCCACAAACAAUCAUGUAGUAUAACCAACUGGGAGCCUGACAUCAAAAACUCGUGUGAAAGACUCAUUUUUUUAAACUCACUUCAUAAUUUCCUCCCAAAGGUUUGUCCACCUGUGUCUCAGAACAUGUCCAGUCCAUUGGAGCGGGUUGUAGCCCAGAAGAAGGAGGCCAUCGAGGCAGCGAUGGACAUGUUCGAGAGAGGGGCCGAAGUGUUGGCCAGCGCCGUGGGCGAGCUCUUCCCGAUCUGUGAGGCCGCCGCUCCGGUCCUCCGCCUCGCCUUAGACAAUGUCCAGAGCAAAGAGGUCUUCUUCGUCAAAGAGCAGUUUCUCACAGUCAGGAACAAACUGGACGUCCUCUCCGCCCAGCUGGAAGACAUCGACUGUGAGAUCAAGAAGGGGAGGCUGGACUCCCAGUACUUCUCUGUGGAGGAGAACAUUAGAAACCAGUUUCGGAAGUACGUGGACAUCUUAGAGGCCAAACAGCAGUUCAAGGAGGUGAAGACCAGACUGUUUCUGGAGCAUUUUUCCAAAACUGGAGGAGAGAAGAAUCUGUUUGUGCUGUAUGAUGCUGUGAUGGGAACAAACAGCUUUGGGGAGUCGGUUCUGGAGGUGGUGGAAAGGUAAGUUGACAGAUUUCACAUCAUUUUUUUUCACUCAUCAAACAUCCUGUUCAGUAGCUGAAAAGCUUUGGUGAGAAACUUUCUUUUCAUGUUGACUUUGGCAACAUCUGUGAGCAAAGCAGUACAUCUAAUCUCUUUGUUGAUCUUAUCAUGUACAAGCUUGUGAAACAUCUGAAAAGAAAAAUCUCCACCUGCUUCAUUUUCAGUGUCAAAGGUAGCACCGAUGGGAAACUUUCCAGCAGAAAUGUCAACAAGGUCUUUUAGCAGCGGGGCUGUAAAUCAUCCUGACUUAACAGAGAGUGAACUGAAGUAAAGGAAACAAGGAUUAGAAAUAACCUAAUAAUGAAGAAUGUUGGUUUUCUUUCUGGUGGUCUUAAUCCUCUUUUUAUUUCAGUCAAUCACAUUACUGGUUCAUAUCAGCUAACAGUGUAUUUAAGAGUUGGAGAAUGUCAUGGUAAAGGUUUAAUUACAACUACAACUUAACAGCCAGUUUUGAUUUUUGUGGCACAUUAAGUAUGCAGUUAAAAGCUUCUUAAUCACUAAAGCUACCGUUACUCUACCAACCGUACAAUGGGAGGGGCGAGUCGCUUGAUCGUCACAUUUCUUUAUACCGUACCUUCAAUUUUAAAUGUUGGAUGUCGAUACUAAACAUGAGCAAAGUUUCAAGUUGUGAGGUAAUCGUUAUUUGCAAAGUAACUCUAUUGGCAGCUUACAGCUCGUUUAAAAAGUCACAAGAGGGUCAAGAAAGGGGAAGUAAGACUCGUUCAAUUUGUGACAUCAUGAGUUGGUGAACUUUGGUGAACAUCCUGCGCUACUCUGGUCAGUUUGUUUCCUUUCCGAAUUUCAAAGUCAAAAACGUAUGACCAGUUUUGUCAGUGGCAAAGACUUUGUGACAUGGACAACAGUGGACAAGGCUUCAAAAGAGCUGGCAAGUAAAAAAAAUGUGGGUUCAUGGGAUCGGAUGGCACAAACUGAAGCUAGAAUGGGGUUCAAAAACGAAUGUGGCGCCCUCUCUAAACAGUUUUUUGGAGGAAUAUCAAAGAUUGUUUGGACUGACUGCCAACAUAACUGAUCUUUUUGUUUUUACUUCACUGAUCAAUUAUUUCUCUGACUGCGCUCAAGUCUCACUGAUCAGUAAACACUUCAGAUGUUUGGGAACUUUGUGUUGCUGAAAGGUAACUCGGGUUCGACUCCAAGGGCAUCAGUGUCGGACGUCCUUGCCUUCCAUGUGUCUUUGGCACCAAAGUUGUUGCACAUUUCUGGUGAUAAAGUCAAAUAAACAACCUUAACGUACAUACCAAUGGUCUCUGUUCUGUAGGUAUGUAGCAAGGAACCGCCGCCUCCUGGAGGAUUUCUGUGUCCGGAUGAAGGAGCUCUUCUGUCUGGGCCUGAUCGCUCUGCUAGGACACAGUGCCUUAACCCAGGGCCAAGAGGAAGAAGAGGAAAAAAUCCAACAGUGGAGCAGCAAAAUCGAAGAAGUUGAGUCCAGGAUGAAGACGUUUAUCGAGGCCUGUGUCGCUGCUUUCCCAGAGCAAGCGAAGUUAGACUCUCAGCUCCUCCUGCAGGAAAAGGAGCAGGAGAGCCUGCAGGAUACGACUCAACAGCUUCUGGAGUUCUUGGUGAAAAAGUACGACUGGGUCAGCUGGUCUGUGCGGCUCAUCAACCAUUCAGGCAGCACCUACCGCAACUGGCGAGCAGGGGAGCACUUCCAUCAUGUGGCGGGACAGAACUGGUUCGAGGUUCUCCAGGUGAACAACAUCAACCUGGUGGUGUCGUUCAGCACCAAACCCCAGCCCGUGCCCCGAGACUUCAUCCGACAGAUCAUGGAGGGUGCGGGUAAGAAGGGGAACGCUCCCGCGGUGGUGGAGGUGCUGGAGAAGCAGCUGUGCGGGUUUGUCGUUCACGCCGUCAGUCGCCACAAGGAGUCGGCUGCUGCGUGGAGUUUCCCCGAGGACUGUCACUACUGGGAGCGACACAAGAACGUGGCGGUGUGUGUGCACUCGGAGUGAAGCUGAGGUGGUGUACCUCCGAGUGUGGGACCAUCUAAAGUCUGAGAAUCAUUUUGCUGAUAUAUCAUAAAAUUGUUUACAGCUUUUACAGGAUUUUUCAGGUUGUGUCAGAUUUGGCGCCCCCUAUGGAUGACUUUUUUUUGACUGAAUUUUUUCUGUGCCAACGAAAGAUUUCAAUUUUUUUUUUUUAAAUGUUGCAAUAUGGUGUCAGACCAAACAGGUGUAGCAGAUUAUGUAAAUAAUCAAAGAGUCAAUAAAAUAACGUAGAAUUACUUUACAUUUGAAGCCAUUUAAAAAUAUGAAAUACUGACAUUUUAAACCUGCGAUUAAAAUAUGAUUACUGGCAAUUAAUUGUUGGCUAAGACAGUAUCUUAAAGCUUCCGUGAAGACCUUUAGUUUGUGUCAAUUAUGGCUCCCCCUGUGGACAAAGCAGUCUUUGCUGACUCCCUACAGUCGAAUGCGUCAUUUAUUAUUAAUGUAGAUGUGGAAAGUAGAUGUUGGGCAGCAAAUAUCGCAAUUUAAAAAUGGUCAAUCCUCUCCUGAUGAUCUUAUUUGGAAAUUAUGAAAAGUUUUCAGUUUUUUGCUUCAUUUCUUAAAUGUCAUGAAACUCUCCACAGGAGCUUUAACUGUAUUUAAUAAACACUUAAGCCAUUCCUAUUCCAUAUAGUAGGGCAGGGAAAGGUUAAAAAGGAAAAGUUUAAGUAUUAAAAGUUUUUAAAGGCAGAUCAGAGUUUGUUUCUUUUUACUUAAACUUUGUGUUCCACAUCAUUUGCUAUAAUAAUCUGAUUUUAAAUGCACUUUUUUGCUCUUCUCAGAGUAUCGAGUUAAAGGUGUUUUAUGUUCAGUUCAAUCUGUUAAAUUUAGAUUGUUUGCACAUUUUUGUCUACGUAAUAUCAUUAAUAAUAUGUUGUCAUUUAUACAUAUCUAUAAUACACAGCUAAUUGUGAGUAACUAACCAGCUUGUAUCUUUCUGCAGUUUUACACUAACACUGCACUCUAUAUAAUGAUACAGGGCUUCUGUGCUUUUACCUCGGCUGCAUACAGUAAUAAUUCAGACUCUCUGAGUAACGGCCUGAGCACCUAAAGAGAUGCUUCUGCUGAGGCGGCACACUGAGCUGUGCUCCCGUUUUGUCUCCGCUCAGCAGGCUGGCCUACAUAACUCUGACAGGACGACGGAGGUUACUCUUUCAGGCGUGAAGAACAAAGAGGCGGCGAGUUUGGCAGCAGAGAUGCGACAAUGUGCCUUGUGUUUUAAACACAUUCAACCAAAACUAGUGAACCUCGACUGCUAACCGGAGCUGUGCCUGACGAAAUCAAAUAGUCUGCUACUGUGUGUUUUAUUCAUAAUGGUGAUAAGAGCUGUGUUAGUUUGCACUUCCUACACACUUGUACUGUUUUGUUUUCAUGUAUGUGCCAUUUUCUGUCCAUGUAGGCUGCAGUUUCUUUGAUUUUUAAUGUCUCUGCUCCCAUUUCAAAUCAAAACUGUGAUUUUUGUUAGGAAUUAACAACCAUUUCACUUUCUGGAUAUUAAAAGUUUAUUUUAAGGACAGAGAAAGCUGCUUUAACAAAUGAACCACUCUCUCUGGAUGUUAUGUUUUUGACAUUUAUGAUAAAAUGAAGGAAAUUUGUUAUUUAUUUUUAUCAGUGUUUUGUUUUAUUACCUGAAACCUUCAGCUUCUGUUAAACCAGAAUAAUCUCAAUAAAAUCAGUGCAUGCUGUAUAAUCUUGACUCUUUCUGGCAGGUAAUGACAGAAAGCAGAUAUUUAAUGGACGUGUAAACAAACAUAAUCUAAUAUCUGACUCUGAUUUCUUGUACCCAUGUGAUUUAGCGUCUCUAACCAUUAAAACAAAGCAGUGCAACCUCAGCACCAGAGACUACAGCUAAUUGAAUUGAUAUUUACACAUAAGUCAGCAUUUCCUGACCGCAGCUCUGCGAUGAUAGUCUAUGAAUAACCUUUGGCUGAGCUAAUACCCCGCAGACGAGCAGCAAAGUGCUUGUCUUAGCAGGAACGGAU